AUGAAAGAAUUUCUUCUCCGCAGUCAAGGGUGUCCACCGUCCCACAGCCAGACAAACCGCGUCGACGGAACUUCCCUACUCAUUGCGAAGGCGCAAAUUCUAAAUCGCUGGGUCGAGCACUUUAGAAGCGUCCUCAUCCAUCCCUCCACAAUCUCCGACGCCGCCAUCGCCCCUCUGCCUCAAGUGGAGACCAACGCCGACCUGGAUCUCGCGCCCUCUCUCCACGAAACCAUCAGGGCCGUACAGCAGCUCACCAGUGGGAAAACACCUGGAUCGGACGCGAUCUCUGCUGAGAUCCACAAACGCGGUGCCCCCCAACUCAUGAAUCAUCUGACGACCCUCUUCCAGGAGAUGAGGCGUCAAGGGAAGUUCGCAGGAUUUCAAGGACGUCACAAUCGUCCAUCUUUACUAGCGAAACGUGAACUGCCAACCCUGCGACAACCGCCGAGGCAUUGCGCUGCCCAACCUAGCCGAAAAGAUCUCCGCUGGCACUUUACCCAACCGUCCGAACAAACAUCUGGAACAGGGUCUCCUGCCGGAAAGCCAGUGGGACUUCCGCCGUCACUGUGGGACCACAGACAUGAUUUUCACAGCCCGCCAACUGCAAGAGAUGCGGAACCACCUCAACUCUACCUUUGGGGAUCUGACAAAAGCCUUCGAUACAAUGAAUCGUGA